AUGGUCGUCAGCGUUCUGCUCCUGCUUCCACUCCUUCCGUUGAUCUCCUCCUCGUCCAUGGUGUUCAAGCUUGGCGGCGACGUCCACCCCACAGGCCACUUCUACGUGACCAUGAACAUUGGGGAGCCGGCGAAGCCCUACUUCCUGGACAUCGACACCGGCAGCAACCUCACCUGGAUCAAGUGCCACGCAACCCCUGGUCCCUGCAAAACGUGCAACAAGGUGCCGCACCCACUGUACCGACCGAAAAAGCUCGUUCCAUGCGCAGAUCCUCUCUGCGACGCGCUGCACAAAGACCUGGGUACAACCAAGGACUGCCGAGAAGAACCCGACCAAUGUCACUACCAAAUAAACUACGCAGAUGGAACGACAUCUCUUGGUGUGCUCCUCCUUGACAAGUUCUCAUUGCCUACGGGCAGUGCGCGCAACAUCGCCUUUGGCUGUGGGUAUGAUCAGAUGCAGGGCCCUAAGAAGAAGGCCCCCGAGAAGGUGCCGGUCGACGGCAUCCUUGGGCUUGGAAGGGGCUCGGUAGACCUGGUCUCGCAGCUGAAGCACAGUGGAGCCGUCUCCAAGAAUGUGAUAGGCCAUUGCCUCAGCUCAAAGGGAGGGGGCUACCUCUUCAUUGGGGAAGAAAAUGUGCCCUCUUCACAUGUAACCUGGGUCCCCAUGGCUCCAACAACACCCGAGGAACCUAAUCACUACUCGCCAGGCCAAGCAACCCUGCACUUGGGUAGAAACCCGAUAGGCACAAAGCCAUUCAAGGCGAUCUUCGACAGUGGCAGCACUUACACCUACUUGCCUGAGAAUCUACAUGCUCAACUCGUUUCUGCGCUGAAGGCCUCUCUCAUCAAGUCAUCACUCAAAUUGGUGUCUGAUACUGAUACUAGACUGCAUCUAUGCUGGAAAGGACCUAAACCUUUCAAAACUGUGCACGACCUCCCGAAAGAAUUCAAGUCACUGGUCACUCUGAAAUUUGAUCAUGGUGUCACUAUGACUAUCCCUCCUGAAAACUACCUCAUUAUCACUGGGCAUGGGAAUGCAUGCUUUGGCAUUCUUGAACUGCCAGGCUAUGAUCUGUUCGUGAUUGGAGGCAUCUCAAUGCAGGAGCAGCUUGUGAUACACGACAAUGAGAAAGGGAGGCUUGCAUGGAUGCCAUCACCGUGUGAUAAAAUGCCCAUGUCCAAAGCUGCGAUCAUUUCGCACAUCUGA